UGCGGCGCGCGGGCGUGCGACAGCCUCACGCGGACGAAUUGUUGUGUGUCUCUCGUGAGGAAAAGAUCAUCGAUGAAGGCGAUUCUCAGAUAAGAAGCUCGAUUACUGACAGCGCUGUGUUUGGAAACUGCCUCAGAGCGAAGAGGAUGAAGAGGAGGUAGAGGAGGAAGAAGAAGAAGAAGAAGGGGAAGAGACGCUCUCCUCGCGGGGAUGGGAGGGAAAUGAUCCUCACCUGUGCGGGUUAUUGUUUCACACACAGAGGAGCAGGAUGGAGGUGCAGCAAAGGGAUAGCCGCGGGAACAGAGACGGACAGCCCGGGGACGCCCCAGUCAUCACCGUGGGGAAUGAGGCGGAGAGUGUGCCGGUGCUCGAGGAGAAGUCCGCUGCGAUCGGUCUCAACCACCUGGACACGUGUCCCUCCUGCCGCCUGAACUUCCACAGCCGCGAGCCCAAACUUCUGCCGUGUCUCCACUCCUUCUGCAGGAGGUGUUUGCCCGCCCCCUCCAGGAGUCUGUCCAUGACGGAGCUGUCCAACUCCCUGACUGACAGCGCCACCCAGCCACUGAACGUGAUCCGCUGUCCGGUGUGCAGGCAGGAGUGCAUGGAGGUGGAUGUGGUGGAUAACGUGUUUGUGAAGGACUCGGCUGAGGCUCCCAGCAGCACCGUGGAGAGGAGCUCCCAGCUCUGUAUGUCCUGCGAGGACAACACCGAAGCUGCCGGGUUCUGUGUGGACUGUGUUGAGUACCUCUGUGGCACGUGUGUGGAAGCCCACCAGAGGGUCAAAUUCACCAAGGACCACACCAUCAGGCAGAAGGCCGACGUAUCACGAGAGGUCCAUGGAGUGUCGACACAGAGGCCGAUGUUCUGUGACAUCCACAAACAAGAGCCACUGAAGCUGUUCUGUGACACCUGUGACCAGCUGACCUGUCGUGACUGCCAGCUCGUCAAGCACAAGGACCACAAUUACCAGUUCCUAGAAGAUGCUUAUAAAAACCACAAACAGCACAUGGAGAGUAUGACCCAUCAGCUGCAGGAGAAAAGGAAACUGAUUGAAGACGUGUCGAACUCCAUUAACAAUGGACUUCUUCAGGUCGAUCAGAAUCGUUCAUCUGUUCAUGAUGAAAUAAAGAAGUCCAUCUGCAGUUUGAUUCUCGAGAUAAACAAAAAGGGAAAGAUGCUAAUGAAUCAACUCGAGGCUGUAACAAAGGAUCAUGAGAGCGGCUUGCGGAAACAACAGGAGGACAUUGGCUAUCUGUCCCGACACUUGGAUCAUGUCAUCGACUUCACCAAAUGGGCCACAAUCAAGAAUGGGGGCACGGCCCUUCUGUACUGUAAACGCCUGAUUCUGUUUCAGAUUGGAAACCUCCUGCGGGCAAAAUGCAGUACCUCAUUUAUUCCACAGAGCACUGUGCGUUUCCAAUGCCGAUCCUCCUACUGGGCCUCAAAUAUGGAUCUGGGCUCUUUAGUGAUAGAGAGUGUACCAGGCCACCAGCUGGUUGGUUUUCAGGGCAUCCCUCAUCAGCAGUCCCACCCUGGGCAAGGCCCCUCAGGCUCGCCCCGCGGCUUUGCCCCAGGAGGUCCCCUCAACACCCUUGCUCAGCUCCAGUUGCAGGUGGACAAGCUGAACCCGCAGGCCCAUUGGCAGCCGCAGCCACCUCCUCCACCGUGGACGUGGUACCAGAGUGUACGUCUACAACGAACACUCCCAGGCACCCUGCAAGGAGGCUCUCCCUCCCACAGUAUGCCACCUCCACCGGGCCGAAGGUUCUUGGUGCCCCCACAAAACAACAGCAGCCCAACUGGCACCUUAUUGAGCCCUGGGUUCACACCACAGCCUCUGAGGGGGGUGGAAAGCAGCUCCAACUACCAAGCCAAACCCAUGGACCUAUUUCCCCCCUCAUCUUUGUACACCCAUGGCGUGAGUUCGUCUCAAUCACGAAUGGAGCCCACAUAUGUGAACAGGACGAGCGAUGCAGGUGGUCCAGUGUAUGUGCUGAAUCCAAACCAUUCCCAAAACCGGCCACCGUCUUUGCCACACAGAAAUGUGCAAGGACAACAGAUUUCCCCAGGGUACACUGCUGCAUCCCAAGUGGAGAAACCAGGGACUGUUUCCUGGGAGACCCCAGAAUCACAUCAGGCGCGUGGAGCAGUGGGCUCAGCUGUCAGGAAAAGACGAAGGUCGUCACCAGGCCCCAUCAUUGUCAUCAAAGAUGAGCCAGAGGAUGACAACAGCUAUGUGCAGAACAACCAAAGAGCCAGCCUUCCUGACAGCACGGGUGAACACCCACAACUCAGUGCCCAGGGCGGAGGGAACAAGGCCACAACUGUUCCUCAAAGCACAGAAAACAAACCCCACAUCCUCUCAAAGCCUCCGAUCAGGCCGCUGGACCAGAGUAAGACUGACGUUCCACAUCACAUCCGUUCUCUGGGAGGAGAAGAGCAGGUAGUCCAUGGUGAAGCACGACUGGAAGACUCUGAUGACGUCUUGUGUGCUGUGUGUCAGAGAGGAGGGGAGCUGCUGUGCUGCGAUAAGUGUCCCAAAGUUUUUCACCUCGCCUGCCAUGUUCCAUCACUCCUCAAAUCUCCCAGCGGGGGCUGGUUUUGCUCUUUCUGCCGCGACCUGGUGGUGCCUGAGAUGGAGUACGACUGUGACAGCAAACAUGAGGCCGAAACACUCAAGACGGAGCCGGACUCUGAAGGUGGACUGCCCCCUGUGGACAAACGAAAGUGUGAGAGGCUGCUGCUGCGCUUGUUUUGCACUGACCCCGGUUCAAACUGUGGAGAGGCUGCCUCCCCCUCGGUAUGUGCUAAUAACAGGGUGACUAUAAAGGGACCAAUGAAUCUGUCAACUGUGAAAGAACGACUGGGGGCUCAGCAGAGUGUGUGCUACCAAAGCAGUGCAGAGUUUAUAUCAGACGUCCGGCUCAUCAUCGGGAAUUGCAGACCCUCCAGUGAGGCUGUCACAGAGGGCAGGAGGCUGAUGGAGCUGUUUGAAGAGCAGCUGACGAUCAUCUUUUCCGACCAAACCAUCCAAGAAAUCAAACUGGAGGUGACACCUGCCGCGCCAACAGACUCUCAAGUCUCAUCUCCUCACAACAUUUCCCAGCCUGCAAAGCGCCAGCGCACAUUUUCCCAGGAUAUGACAAACUGUCCCAGUGGAGAUGAGGGAGUCGUAUAAGAUAACAAACCUUCUCCAGAGUGUAGUGUGAACAGUUUAUGACAACACUGCCAGCACCAGCUAAUAUGUGGUGUAUGAAAGUUCAUUACAACAUUUAUGACUCUUAUUGAAGCCGCUAAAUGCUGAAUUUUUUCUCAGAAAAGGAUACAGGGCAGGACAUUUUCUAUAUCCUGGAUUUAACUGUGUUACAACUGUUGGAUUUACACGGGACUGGGACUUCUAGCUGCAAGUACAUACAGGUACAAUACAAGCAGCCCAUAGAGGUACUUACAGGGUAUAGCUGACCUUCUAUUAUCACACCAUACCUUAUCAUAAGCCAUAAAUUAUGACACUGAGCUAAUCAAUGGGGUAAUCAGGUUGGAUUUGUUUUCCCUGGCACUCUGGUCCAACAACCUGCGUAUCGUUUACAUCAUAGAAUCAACCCUGAGAGGAUGCUGCUGAUGAAGCAAAUGAGAGGAAGAAGCAGCGGUACAUGGAGAUGGUAUCAGAGAUGGAACAACAAGUUUGGAAAGCUGCAGGGGUUUUAUUGCAGCCUCCACUGAUAAGCCCUGUGCCAGGCCGUAAAAGGAUUGCAGAAUGCUGCAGCCAGGACCAGAGGAAAGACCCCAACUGGGCCCCAAGAUGUUAGGGACACACACCCAGGUCUGAUUAGCCUGUGGUGGGCCUGUCUUCGAAAAGAAGGCGUCUUGUGAUUAAAGGCCUAUGACGCAGGUAUACAACUGAAGAUACGUCCCUUAGGGGUAUUUACCAUAUUGUCCCAUGUUGUAAAAAGCACUCUGUGUAAAUAUAGUUGUGAUCGGGAGGGAUUAUCAUUAUUAUGAUCGGGGAUGGUCACGGUUUAACUAAUGUGGAAUUAAAUGUGUUACCUUCACCCCCACCCCUCAGGUUAGCAAAGCCACUGCAUAAAGAGAAUCAAAGCAGUGUGAGAUAAGCACAGGCUGUUUAAGAUGUUACACUGUCACAUAUAAUUAAACAGUAUUGGUCUGU